UCACGUGUGCCAGUCAUGACUUCACCUAGCGGACAAAGCGGGAGGCUACAAAAACAUGAACAAGCAAGAUGGCGACUGCCGAGAGACUCAUAUCAAGGUUGGCCGUGGUCACAGGCGGGGGCAGCGGGAUUGGACGCGCCGUGUGUCAGCGCUUUGCCUCCGAGGGCGCCUCCGUGGUGGUCGCUGACAUCAGCGAGGAGUCGGCGAACGAGACCCUGCAAAGCCUGCCGACUGGCCUCAGAGGUCAGGGUCACAUGGCUGCCAUGGCGGAUGUGUCGUCAAAGGAGAGCGUCAGGACGCUGAUCACGAGCAUCCAGACUCGCUACUUCCAGCCGCCUUCGGUGUGCGUGAACGCCGCCGGGAUCACCCAGGACGACUUCCUGCUCAGCAUGGAGGAGGAGCACUUUGACAGGGUCAUCCAGGUCAACCUCAAAGGCUCUUUCUUGGUCACUCAGGCUGUCGCUCAGGCUCUGGUGGCCUGUGGAGCCGCCAAAGGGUCCAUCAUUACUGUGGGCAGCAUUGUGGGCAAGGUGGGUAACAUGGGACAGGUGAAUUACGCCGCCUCUAAAGCCGGCGUGGAGGGUUUGACCAGGACCGCCGCCAAGGAGCUCAGCAGGUUUGGGAUUCGGUGUAACUGUGUGCUGCCGGGUUUUAUAUCCACCCCCAUGACGGACAAAGUACCGGAGAAGGUGAUCAGCAAGAUGAAGUCUUUGGUGCCUCUGAGGAGGAUGGGCGAGGCAGCAGAGGUCGCUGACGUGUGCGCCUUUCUGGCCUCGGAUGAUGCUCGCUACGUCACAGGAGCCAGUGUGGAAGUGACAGGGGGACUUUUCAUGGGCUAAAGGCGUCACCUGCUGAAGAGCAAACUCGUGCUUGUUUUGUUGUCUUUUAGUGCCAAUAAACAUGCUACUCUGACCGGAAUGGACAGUCAACUCGUUUGAAGGUAGGAAUAAAACCAGAAUUUGUUAUUUUUAUGACCAUAUCUGAAUGACGAUGUCUCAUAUAUUCUUAAUAUUUCACUUAAACCAGAGUGUCCACUAAAUAAUAAUGAAAUAUACCUUUAGAAAUGAUUCCUUUUGAAUGAAUUCUUGUCAUAUAGAACUUUUAAAUAUGUAGUUAUUGUCACUUUUAAGUAAUAGAAGGCAUGAUUGAGUUUCCUAAAAUACCUGGAAUUUGUCUAAAUAACAUAGACUUAUGUGAAAUACAUACCUGAUAAAGACUCUGUGGAAAACUAAAUUACACUUACCAGGUGUAGCUGAGAAAACCAAAUCCAAAACCUGAAGAAACAUUUCACUGAAAAACUCCACACCAAAUGCAGACUCACAGCUUGAGAAAGAAGCUGUGCAACGUCAUUUUUUUUGUAGAUUAGUCAAAUG